CAAUGAAUCUCUAAAGUGGUUUGUUUAAUUUAGAUUAUCAGUUCCUUUUCAUUUAAUUUACAAUAUCGGCUCAAAAUUCGAUCAAUGAAUUGUUUCUUCUAUUCUGCGUUUGGAAUUAAACGAUUUCCUUUAUUCGUUGGUUUUCCAUGAAAAGCAUGUAAAUGGCAGUAAGACCCUUCUCAAAAGAAGAAUUGAAUUUCUUCAAAUUUGCAUCCAUCGUUCACGAUGAAUUUCCAAAGAUGUUACGUUCGACAUUUGUGGCAUUGUGGGACAGGAAGAUUGCACCGUUGCCUGGUUACCAAGUUUGGGACGACUCACCCGCAGUUCGCACACUUCUUUUGACGCUCGAAGGCGGUAAAACUCCCAUACCAACCAAUAAAUCGUUCAAGGAUUGGGAUUGCACAGCCCUGUUCCAGGCAACUAUUUACUCCAAGACCUUUGGAGGCUCCACCAAGACGACACUUAGUGAUCAAUUCAUAAGGGGAAAGAAACCCAGUACUUUCCAUUCUUCGCUUACAAGUUUAACUAGUACUGGGAACCAGGAUGAAAUUAUAACUUUAGCAAUCGACCAGGUUCGACUGCUUAGAAACUGCUUAUGUCACUCGCCUGAGUCAAUCUUAAAAAAACAUGAUUUUGAUUAUUAUGUUAAACUUGCUAAGGAUGCUUUUGUCGCAACUGGAUUUUCGACAGACCAAGUUGAUCAUAUUGGUAAUCUUAAGGAGAGCGACUUUCCAACUGAAAGGGUUAAUGAGUUGAAUCGAAAAAUUAAGGCUGUCGUGCUGGAGAGCAAAAAAUUUCUUGAAGAAAGGGUAGAAAAAGGAAUAACGAAAUUAACGGAUGGUCAAGAAAGUGUUAUACAAAAACUUGAUGAAAUUAAUAGGAAUGUCAUUAGGAACCAAAAUUCCAAUGCAGCAACUAUGCAAGAAAAUCGAGGGUUUGCAGCACUAGGCGCUCUGGGUCCCGCUGUGAACAAUGAUGAAUGUAUUAUCACAUUCAAAAUUACAGCAGAAAAAGUGCGACUGGUUAAAGAUAUUGGACUCGGUACUGUUACUCUCAUCGACAUUUUCAAUGCAUGUACAAAAGCUCACCCGUCCGUUUUCCAAGACGCUCUUAAAAGAGGUUUCGGCGAUGAAAAAGAUGAUCAGAAAUUUGGGGAGAUCAGCCAAGGAUGUCUCCUUGUUCCACUGCACUGUCUUACAGAUGAAAGAUUUCUGGAGGUUUUGGAUGAUUUUGAAUCUGGAAGGCUGAAAAAACGUUUACUUACAGAGUUUUCGCAAAUUGGAGUUGAAAUAGAAGGAUUAGAGAUUGAGAUAAAGAACAUGAAAGAAGUAAACAAAAGGAAGGAGAAUAUAAAAGGAAAAUUGCAGGAAUUCAGUGCAAAGUUCGUUAAAUAUCGACAAGGUAUUGUCAAUGUUCAAGGAACUGACAGACAGUCCCAUCUAAAAAGCUGCAUUCCUGACAAACCAGAACUAUUUAUUCGCCGUGACACUAUAGUAAAUCAAAUAGUAUCUUCCUUAGUCGAUGAUGCCUGUGGAAUUGUUUCUAUUGUUGGUGGACCAGGUUUUGGCAAGAGUACUGUUGCAAUUGAAGUUUCCCAUCACUUAAUAAGCAAAGAGAGAGACAUCGUCGUCAUUUUCUCGUUUCUGUCACAAGCUUUCACUAUUCCUGAAGUAAUAACGCGUCUCUGUCAUGACGUUGGCGUUAUUCCUGGAGAAGAUCCUAAAUCAUCGUUAAUGUUUUGGUUGAAGAGUAUUGAGGACAAAGUUGUCCUAGUCAUGGACAACAUUGAGCAGCUUCUUGAACGGCAUGUAAAGCAUAGCUUUCUUGAAUUAGUGCGUACGCUUCGCAAAAAUUCACAGCAACAUAUACAGAUUUUAACAACGUCAAGAACAGAAUUCUCAAUUUCAGAAACGCAAACCAAAUUUCAAAUACGAGAGAUGGAUGAAACAACAUGUAUCGAGCUCUUAGAAAAGUGUUGUCCUGUUGAAGUCGAAAAAGCAUUCUUGUCUCAAUUAGCUGAGCUGUGCGGUUUUGUUCCACUCGCCUUGUGUAUUGCAGGAACACUAAUUGAUGAUCCUGAUGACCUUUCAGAGUUGAUACAGUGGUUAAAAGAGAAACCCAUGGAAGCAUUGAGGAAUUCUGACCAGUGUGUUGAACGAGCCAUCGAGUUCUCUUUUCAAAAGUUGUGCGAUGAAGAUCAGAAGGAUUUUGUUUGUCUUUCGGUAUUUCAUGGGGACUUCCACAGAGAGUCUGCCGAAGAGGUGAUGGAGAAAACUGGGGUGAAAACUCACCACUUCCUAAGAAAUCUCGUUAAUCGAAGUCUCUUACAGCGUAGAGGUGAUAAGCGUUUCGUGAUUCAUUCGCUCAUUCGGCGAUUCUUGGCUGAUUGUGACCGAUUUCACGGUGAAAAGGCAAAUGCAAGAAGCUUGAUGGUAAGCCAUUUUCUGAAGAUGUGCCAUGAGUUGACCAAGGUUUCUUAUACACGUGACAGAUUCACUAGCGCCAGGGAAACACUUAAAAAAGACAUCCACAACGUCGAGGAAACGCUCAAAAUAUGUAGUCAAGAUCCGGCAACCAAUUCAAACACAAUCGUCCUAGAGUCCUUGGCAAGUAGUGACAUUUACAUGUCUUCAUACAGAUUUUUUCACACCUUCAGCUGGGAUCUUCUUCCAGAAGCAGUUUUGGGAAAUUUCUUCGAAUCUUGUACUAAACUAGCCAGAAAACAGGAACAAGUAGUUACUGAAAUCCUUUUCCAAUGUUUCCUAGCAGAUCAAGAAGGUCGUAAAUUUUCACGGGAUUCUCCUGAAUACACCAGUCAAAUUGGGAUACUCGAGGCAGCGUUUCAUAAAUAUGAAAUGGAUUUGAAAGACGAUAGAUUCGUUUUUAUGUUUUGUUACGAAUUGAUUACGCGAUAUCAUUUCAACAGCACACAAAAUAACCAACCAGCAGAUCUUCCUUACAAUAAUCUUUCUUCUUUGCCUGAAAGCAAAGAGUUGAGUCUUGAAGAAAAGGUGGCGGAAGCAUAUAUUUUAAAGAAGAGGGGAAAUAUUUGCAAAUUGCAGGCCAAUAAACUGUUCCGCACAGACGACAAAAAGUACGAGGAAUACAUGAACUCUGCAAAAUCAUUUUACAAUGAAGCUCUAUCUUUAGCCCAAAAUGCCUUAGGCGAUCACGAAUUAACAUGUUCUCUCCACAAACUUCUGGGAGAUCUAUAUUUUAACAUGGAUAAGAGAGAAGAGGCACUCGAGUGUUAUACCCAUGCUAUAAAUCUACACAAGAAACUACAACUUGAUUCUAAUGAAAAGUUUGUGAUGUUGCUCAAAAAUUUAGGAGGAUGCCUCUCGUUUAGUGGUCGCUUCGAAGAAUCAAUGGAAAAGCUAAGCGAAGCACGCGAUAUAGCCAACAAGAUCACUGAGGAAAACGCCCAUUUUAAAGCCCUGGUGUAUUAUGAGUUGGCAAAAACAUGUAGUUCCUGGAAACCCGAAUGUCAAAAAGCCGUGGAAUAUGCAGAAAAGGCAAUGAAAAUGCAAAAGUUGCGGGACCCGCGCAAACUAGAAGAAUUGAGGGAGAUUAUUGAAAAGGCAGAGGUCGUAAAAAAAUUCAUCAACUCAUUACGAGAUAUCGUCAACGUUGAAGAAACUGAUCGGUUGUCUCAACUCAAAAGCCGCAUACCUGACAAACCACAAACAUUCAUUGGCCGUGUCAGUGAAGUAAAGCAAAUAAUAUCCUCCUUGGUGGAGAAUGGCUGUGGAAUUGUCUCUAUUGUCGGUGGAGCAGGUUUUGGAAAAACCACUGUCGCAGUUGAAGUUUCUCAUCACUUAAGCAAUGACCAUAAUAUUGCCGUCUUUUUCUCAUCCCUGUCAAAUGCUUCAAGUGUUGCUGACGUUAAACGACGUCUUUGUCGUGACGUGGGCGUUAUUGCUGGAAAACGUCCUGACUCAACUUUAACUUUCUGGUUAAAGAGUGUUAAGAAGAAAGUUGUCCUUGUGAUGGAUGGCAUCAAGCAAAUGCCCAAAGGCGAUUUUCAAUCCGAGUUCACUGAAUUAGUGCUUUCCCUCCGUAAACAUUCACAGCAACAUGUGCAGAUCCUAACAACUUCAAGAAUUCAAUUUCCUGUUUCAGUAAACACGGUAAACUAUCAAACAGAGAAGUUAGAUGUGACAUAUAGUGUGGAACUUUUAAGAAAGUGUUGUCCUGAUGUAAAAGUUGAAGAUGCAUACCUGUUUGAAUUGGCAAAGCUGUGUGGUUUUGUUCCUCUCGCCUUGUGUAUCGCAGGGACACUAAUUCCAGAUCUUGUUGAUCCUUCAGAGUUGAUACAUUUGUUCAGAGAGAAACCCAUGAAAGGAUUGCGGAACCCCAACCAGUGUAUUCAGCAAGCCAUCUGGGCCUCUUUUCAGAAUUUGAGAGAUGAAGAGCGGAAGGCAUUGGUUUGUCUUUCAGUAUUUGUUGGAAAUUUUCAGAGCAGCUCCGCAAAAGAGGUAGUUAAUAAGAGUGGCGUGGAAGUCGAAAAUUUAUUAGAAUGUCUCGUGAGACGAAGUUUGGUCCAGAAAAUUGGUGAUGGGCGCUACGUAAUUCAUUGGCCUAUUAAAAGAUUUUUAGCUGAACAUGAUGAAUUUCAAGAUGAAAGGAAAAUGACACAAGAACUGAUGGUGAAACAUUUUCUAAAGCUGUGCCAUUCGUUAACCAUGGACGGUUACUUAUAUAAUAGUUACACUAGCGCCAGAGAAUCACUAAGGAAAGACAUCCACAAUAUCGAGAAAACGUUAAAACUGUGCACCGAAGAUGAGGCAAGAGUUCUGGGUCCAAAUAUCGCAGAGUUGGUGGCGAGCAGUGAUCUUUAUAAUUCUUCUUGCAGGUUCUUUUGCGAGUUCAGCUGGGAUCUUUUUCACCCCAAUGUUUUAACGAAGUUCUUGGAAUCUUGUGUUAAGCUGGCCCAAAGGCGAAAGCAACCGGCUAUUGAGAUGGCAUUUGGAUGUUUGGUAGCAGAUCAAUCAGGACAUACAUCGGGACGGAAAACUCGGGAAUACACUCGCCUCGUGGACGUCAUCGCUAAAGAGUCGCAGAAAAAUGACGCGUUAUGGAAAGAAGAUAGGUCUUUAUUUAUCCUCUGUCAUUAUAUUUUCUCCCUAUUUGACUCUGAUAAACCAACAAAUGAGGCACCUCCUGAUCUACCAGAGGAUGAUCUUCAACCAUUGAAUGAAGACAAAUCUGCAAGUCCUAUCGCGAAAGCUGAGGAAGCAUAUUUUCUGUUGGCGCGUGCUAAUUUGAACAAGAAACGUGGUAUUAAAGUAUCCAAGGCUAAGAGUGCCAACGGAGAUUCCUAUGAAUACUUUAAAAAAGCAGAAACACUUUACAACAAGGCGUUGGCGUUGGCUAAAGAGUUGUUAGGUGACCACGAAUUCACAUGCCGUCUGCACCUACAGUUAGGAGACCUCUAUUUAGAAAUGCACGAUAACACAAAGGCAAUAACGUGCUUUACCGAUUACAUAAUUCGGCGCAAGAAGCUGGAACUGUAUUUUAACGAAACCUUCGUGUAUUUUCUCAAGAAAUGUGGAAUCUGUCUGGCUCAUCUUCGUAAUUUUAAUGCAUCCGUGACAACGUUAAAGGAGGCUCGUGACCUAGCUGGAGAGCAAACGCGUUGUAGAGCAUUUUUAAUUUAUGAAUUAGCAAAAACCUAUAAUAUGUGGAAACCUGGCUGCUGUGAAGCGGUGGAAUUUGCUAACGAAGCAUUGGAAAUGCAAGAAUUACGGAAAAGCGAGAAAAUGAUAAAAACAUUAGAGAGGAUUCUUCAAAUAACCGAAAAAAAUACGGCGUCAUUAUUGGCGGAUGGAAACAAUUAG